CAACUCGGUGGAGUUAUGUUGAACGGUGAGUAAAAUGAGGUUAUGCCGCCUUUGCAACUAGUCCGUCCUUUUUAAGGCACAGUCAGGAGCCUGCCUCGUUCCUAGACGUCUCUCUCUCGAUGUAAAUUUGCGCGCAAAGGGAAGAUGGGAGGGAAAUCACCUUUCUUCUCCUUCCCUUGGUCCGUCGCGGUUCGUCACCAGUCACUCGCGUUUCGUAAUCGCAUUGCUUUACACCGGUUUCGCUACUUGUCUGAAAUUCGCUACGUUCGAGUUCGCUACCUACAUAUUGCGCUCGCUGCCUAUUGGCGAAGUCCAAAACUUACUCCUUCGGAGGGGCAAGCGUAAAAGGCCGAAAGAAAGAGUUUGUAGGUAACUCCAUCGUAUAAGAAGAUCACGAAAGCAGUGCGAUAGAUGCUGGCCUCUAAUAUAGACAAGCAUUCAAAUGAGUCGUGGAACUGGUUCGUUAAGAGUAGCAUCCAGGGUUCUCUCGCCCGUUCUUAAAAACUUUCGCCGCCGUUUUUCUCGACCCGACUGUCCGCUCCUGGGAUCUCCAAGGAUGGGAAUGACAUGGCCACUCAGCCACAUGAAACCAUUUUGCGUAGCAGGGAACAAGGCAAUUACUCGCUCUCUUUUUUGUGAUUUUGUUAUAAACCAGGCUCCCUAAAGAGGCUUUAAUUAUUUUAAUACGUAGCACAAGCCAAUCAGAUGCUACUGCAGAACAAAAUGAAAUAGAAUGAGUCAUUGAAAGUCAAAUUUAGUGUGAGCACAAUUUCGCAAAGAAGCGGUCAUUACGCGACGAACGUUAGCUUCUUUAUCAAAAUUACCUCAACAAACAGCCAGUAAUGUUGGUUUUGUUUUUGAAUGGUCAAGAAAAAAGUUUGUGAGUAUUCAAAUCUAUUUUGUUUUUGUUUAAUACUUAAACACAAAAUUGAACCUUAAAGCUCUCUUAAAGUCAGUUAAAUGCGCUUUUUUUUGUCGGCCAUCUACUACUUUGAAGUUUUAAUUGAGAAGGAAACGAAGCUAAAAUUCUAUGGCAAGCCAAAGUGAGGCCACCUUAUUUAAUACAUCCAUUGCAAGCCGAGAAAAGCGCUUAUCCGCAUUGACCAGGAUUUUUGGCAUAAAAGUGCCUGGUGAUUAAAUUCACUGGUAAAUAUGAUAUGCCACUAUAAGAAAGAAAGGAUUUCCAAAUUUCAUUUUUCAUCUCAUUUCUAAACAAAUAAAGUACUUUUGAAGAGGCUUUUAUUUGAAUGAGUCACUUCACAAGAAUUACAUUCACUGACACAACUGUUAUAGGACCACAGACAACGAACCAACUGAAUUAAUAAUACACCACUACGAGCCAGAAAGAAAGGAUUUCCAAAUUUCAUUUUUUAACAAAUUGGUAAACAAAUAAAGUACUUUUGCAGAGGUUUAAUGUGAAUAGUCACACAACAGGAUUUCAUGUAAAGACCCAAACGUUAAGACUACAAACUAUAAACCUAAAGAAAUGUCUCUUGAAAUUAACGCUGCAAGUGAAAGGAUUAAAAUAGGUCUCCUAGGUGACUGGUGGCUGCUAUUGUACUCAGAGAUGCUAAAAAAAUUUUUUCAACUAAAAUUUAGAGCUUUUUCUUAAAAAGUUCUGCAGCUGUUAAAGUCUCGUCCUUAACUGCACGCGAUGAAUAGGAUUGUUUCCAAUGUUUAAUUUUUGUCUUUUUUGAUGACUUGUUCAAACUCCGUUGCUACGGUUACACGUUAUUCCGUUAAAAUAUUUUAAAGAAGUGAAGGAAAUUUAAAUCGGCCAAUUUGUUAUUUUAUAUGCCUUGAGGCCUAAUUACAAGACGUCUUUACGACUGAACGAGUUCUUAAUUUUUUCCUAUUAUGAUUCUCAUGUGGUAUAUAGACGUUUUCACGCGACUUUCUUUGUAUUCUCAAGCUAUUUUUCGCUCUCAAUUUCAUUUUAAAACAUUAAAAAUCCACCCGGCCUCGUCUCUAAGUCCCUUUAGAGUGAUUCACUGUUUCCAAACAGCUGCAUGAUUUGUGAGUAUAUUUUGGUUUCAGAUGCUCAGUAUGGGAAGAUCGUUUCGUGAUUUCUUUCAGAAUUGUAUCAGUAUUUCUUGCUGAAUAAAGCGCGUAUUCUUUGGACUCGAAUUCAAGAGAAUUUGUUUUUCUUUAAGCAGAGUUUUGAAAGUAAUUAACGCUGCUAUUAUUUUACUGCUAAGUUUGGAUGUGUUAACGGUAUCUAGCUUAAACCAGGUGCAAAAACACUGAGGCCGAAACUAAAAGGAAAUUUCGACCGCAAAUAGAUUAAUAAUAGUUAAGUUUUAACGGCAUAGAAUUUCGUAUUUAUCCUACGAUCUUUUCUUGGAAAUAGGAUCUGUAUACAUUUACCAAGUCCAUUUUUGGAUCUAUUUAAAAUUGGUUUAUAUUUGCUUUCAAAAAAUUGAAAGUUCAAACUACAGUUUCAAUUGGUUAAGAAACUUUGUUGACUAAAUAUUUUUGACACUGUAUGCUGGAGAAAUGCCUGUAAUAUUUUCAGUCCCUUGGAGAACAUGUCACAUUGAAAUGCAAAUCUUUUACAUGUAUUCUAUAGACGAAUUCUUUGCUGUAUAUUUACGAUAAUCAUUAUUUUUUUUAAUUUCAUUUUUAGGAUCUCCUCGACCUAUGGCGUACACGCUGAGUGAGGCAGGAUGGUUGGAAGUCGAACUAAAAGGCAUCUCCUCUGUGUAUUGAUAGCUGCCGCUUUUCUUUCUGUGGGAUUUCUGUUUGCCCUCUUGGAAAGAUAUCCUCAAGACAUUGUUAAGAUACAAAACUCAUUUCCUGCGUUAAGUGACGCAUUUGUAACCGAUAAGCAGAUGAUAACAUGGACUCCUGCGAACACAACAAAGGAUACCUCCUCGGAAAAUCCACAAUUACAAGCCUCAAGUAAACGUCAAGUUUUGCUCAUAGUAGCUCAUGGCAGAUCUGGUUCGACAUUCCUGGCGGAUAUUUUUAACCACCAUCCGCGAGUUUUCUACGUCUUCGAGCCUCUUCACGGGUUGAUUCCUAAACAGAAAGAUCGAAAUUACGAGACGUACGCAUUGAAUUUUCUUUACCGCAUUUUCCAGUGCGAUUUCAGCGCUGCAAAUGCCGCGCGCCAUUUUGGUCACUUCUAUCGGCACUACAGCCGGGCAUUGAGUUCUCCUCCUUUCUGUAAAUACGAACCUUCGGAUCCCAGAUGGCAUUUUAAGUUUUGUUUUCCUCUAGAUGAAGCUACCCUUGAACAUUCAUGCAAAUCACAGUACAACACAAUCGUAUAUAAGCUGCUUUUUGACCGUAUUCCCGGUAAUUCAAUUGAGAAGCUAUUUGGUGUGUGUGAACUGUCGAGAAUCGAAUGUAAAGUAAUUCACUUAAUUCGAGACAUAAGGCCAGUUGUAAUGUCGGCCAGGAAAGUGGCCUUCUUUAGAGAGGUGGAUCACAAAUCCAAGCCGUCACUGCGACAAUUUGUCUAUUUUCACUGCGAAGUAACAGAAAACAACCUUCAACUGGCGAAAUCUCUGGACCUGUCUCUUCGACGUCGCUAUGUACUGGUUAGAUACGAAGACCUGGCAGUUCAACCUUUGCAGCUUUUAGAUUACUUGUUCGAGUUUGCCGGUCUUGAAGUACUUGAAAGCAUUAAACAGUGGGUAGUCAACACAACACAGCCAAAUUUUAACGAUCUACAACAACAAGCAAGGAACCCCACGUCUGUUAUAAGAAACUCGCUAGAAGUUCUGAGCAAAUGGCGGCUUAAAGCAGAUCCUUUAGACAUGAACAUCAUUGAGCGAUAUUGCCGAGAUGUCAUGAAAAUGAUGGGUUAUAUACCAAUACAAGGAUCGUAUAGACUGCUGCGAAAUCUUUCAUCUCCGCUGUUUAAUGAUACUUUCCCAGCUCAACAAUGGAUCAAAGGGUAUCAAAAAAGCUUACCUUAA